AUGGCGCCUGAUCAGCAGCGCCAAGACGCGCCGCUGCUGGCGCUUAGGGCUGCUUUCCAAACCGUCUGCCACAAUCACAUCCUGGAAGCUCGCGGGCUUUUAUCCGGUUCUGCACCGUCAAAUCAGGCGAGGUGGUCCGAGACUGAGACCUUGGUCCAUUAUGAGCGUUCUCUGUCCGAAAUCGUGGCGAUAGCGGAUCGAGCCACUACCGCAGAAAACGUCUCAGGUAGAAAACGGGUGUUCGACGAGUUGAGCAACUUUCUGACCAAGAAUGCUUACGGGGUCUCCGUCGAAACCGCCAGUCCUGCUGAUAUUGCGACGUUCAUUCACUCGGAGUACAUCCCCAAACAUAAGGGGGAGAGUCGUACUGUGAUCCCAAACAGCGGGGAGCACGUUCUCUCAGCGAGCGCCGUCAAGAACGCCAUCAGUCACAUCUCGCGUAGUUACACUCUGAUGGGCUUCGAUGGGGCAGCCAAUCCCGGCCGAUCAGAACUCGUUAAGUCGUAUCGGGACGGUUACACUGUCUUGCUGCACGAUGCGGGGGUAAGAGAGAAACGAGCGAAGGUGUUCUCUGAACAGAAGCUAGACCGUUUGCUGGCGUUUCUUAGCGAGGGUGUGGCACGCAGCUCUGGGCUCGAACAGUGCAAUCUCUUAAUGGAUCGCGCAGCGUUCUUGUAUCUUUGGGAGUCCCGCGCGCGCGGCAAGGAAUGCAGAGAGCUGCUGCACAGGCAGGUUGAGAGGGGCGAGGGGGUGGCUCUUCCUGGUUGGUCGAAGACCGUGCGACAAGAGCCGUCAGCACGGAUUCCGCUCAGCGCCCCUGAGAGUUCCGUCCGUUUGUCCUUCCUGGAGGCGAGUGCUCAGCUGAUUGUCGCCCUCAAGCAGUUAGGUUACGACUUAGAGGAGAAUGGCUGCUUAUUCCG